CGCAGACUGAGGACCGACGAGUUCCACGUGUGGCUCAAUUCCGUCUGCACUGGAGCCACCAACGGAGCAGGUGGUGGCCUAGCCGAUGAUGCUCCAUGAUAAAAAUAUUUCCUAUCUGUCAAACCACUCCUUGGCAUCUGUAGUGAGCAUGAGGUCCGGCAACAGCAGCCACGGAGCCCUGCAGGUGGCAUCUUCACAAGUGGCGGUGGGAGUGCUGCUGACCCUCAUUGACUUGGUGACUUUUCUGGGGAACACUGUGGUGUUUAUCUGUCCAGCAGUGGAGAAGAGGCUGCGCACAGUCACGUAUAUGUUCAUCAUGUCACUGGCCAUGGCGGACCUGUUGGUGGCCUGUCUUGUUAUGCCCUUCAGUAUCAUCUAUGAAGUGACGGGCAUGUGGCUGUUUGGGAAGCAGUUCUGUAAAGUCUGGAUCUCUUUUGACGUGAUGUUCUGCACCGCAUCUAUCGUCACCUUGUGCUUCAUCAGCCUGGACCGGUACUGUUCUGUUGUCACUCCCUAUCACUAUCCCAAACGGAUGUCCCGUCGCAGGUGCAUCAUUAUGACCGUGACGAUUUGGGUAUACUCAUCUUUAAUCUCCUUCUUACCGGUGAUGCAGGGCUGGAAUGAAAUCCCUGGUGUGGACUUCGAUACCAGCAGUGACUGCAUCUUUGUCACUAACUGGACGUUUGCCAUUGUGGCUUCGGCCCUGGCUUUCUAUAUCCCUUUUCUGAUCAUGUGCACUAUGUACUUCUUCAUCUACCGUGCCUCCCGCCUCAAGGCAACCCGCAUUGUGUCUCAGACACUGGACAUCCACUAUCAUCCCAACAGCAAACGGCCCAACAACCUGCAGCUGGAAAACAAGGCCACCCGCACCAUGAGCAUCAUCAUCUCAGUCUUUGUCAUGUGCUGGCUGCCGUACUUUGUCCUCAAUGUGUGGAUUGCCGCCAAGGGGGAAGACAGUGAGAGCCCCAUCAUCACGUACAUUUUCAAAGUCAUCACCUGGCUCGGUUACUGCAAUUCAACCAUUAACCCCAUGCUCUACGCCUUCCUCAAUCGAGACUUUCAAAGAGCCCUCAAAAAGCUGCUCAUCUGCCGCCAGUGGAGGUCCCAAGUGGACAUCGGAGAGGACAUGGUCUCCAUUGUGACCUUCUCCAGGACAGCCCAGGAGGCAGAGUACAGUGUAAGGAACACCACCAUACCUGGCGCAGCUCUGAAAAACAAGCCAAAACAAUGAAUGGCAUGGCCGUGUAUGUGCGGUUGUGUGGAGGACUCCAUGGCAGCCUUUUCCAAGGAAUGUUAAUAGAAACAACAUAACAAGGAGCACUGAGCACUUUCUCUGAUAGGCUCUUCUUGUAAAGUCAGCAAGAUCAUGAGCCUUGCUUUGAAUGUCUGGACCAAGUGCCACAUGAGAUCUGUAAGAUACUGGACCCUGCUGCAUAGUAUGGACAAAUGCAUCAAGACAUUCAAGUCCAGUUUUUUUUCAGGAUCAGAUUGGGAAAGUAGUGUGACAUUCAUGGGUCUUUUAGAAUAAUUCAUUUUGUUUUCUUGAACCCAGCAACAUGUAGAAGUGGUUAUGGAGGUAAAAUGGAGGGAUAACAGAUUACAUGGUCAUGCACAAAAGAAGAGGCAGGCAUUUCUCUGCUGGGCUAUUCAGUGGCAAGACCACCCGCUCUUCUCUACAGUAGAUGAUGAUGCAAUAUAAACACCCUGGGAUGGGUGCUAUAUAAAAUAAAGAUUAAAUGAUUUAUUUAUUAA